UGUGUGUGUCCGUCAAUAUGUGUGUGAGACACAUUGCUCCAUCAGCAGUCGGUCAGGUUCAGAGCAGCAUUUCCUCAUCUUUAGAGCAGAAGCUCCAGAGUUUCUUCAUGAUGAAGGUCGGGUCGUCGUCCUCCAGCGUCCUGCUGCUGCUGACCCUCUGGGCUGCAGGGAGCAACGCACAGCUUGAUGUUUGCGGCACCGCGCCGCUCAACACGAAGAGCGGCGGGCGGAUCGUGGGCGGCCAGGCGGCGGCGGCCGGGGCGUGGCCGUGGCAGGCCCGGCUGCUCAUCCAGGAGGGCUUGUGUGGAGGGUCCCUCAUCAACAGCCAGUGGGUUCUUUCUGCUGCGCACUGCUUUUCCAGCACCAGCACGUCGGGCGUGACCGUUUCCCUCGGCCUUCUCAGUCUGGUGUCCUCCGCUAACCUGGUGUCCCGCAACGCGGCGCGGAUCAUCGUCCAUCCUGACUACAACACAAACACCAACGACAAUGACGUGGCUCUGGUGCAGCUGUCCUCCGCCGUCAACUUUACCGACUACGUCCGGCCCAUCUGCCUGGCCGCCGACGGCAGCGUCUUCCCGUCCGGACUGGACUGCUGGGUCACCGGCUGGGGGACCCUCAAAGAAGGCGGCAGCGUUUCUCAGACGCUGCAGGAAGUGGACGUUCCCAUUGUGUCCAACAGCAAGUGCAGCGCCUCCUACAGCAGCUUAACAAACAACAUGCUGUGUGCUGGUCUGACCAACGGAGGGAAGGACUCCUGCCAGGGAGACUCCGGCGGACCUCUAGUCACCAAAAACGGGACGGUGUGGGUCCAGGCCGGUGUGGUGAGCUUCGGGUUCAGCUGCGCCCAGCCCGGCUUUCCGGGAGUUUAUGCCCGAAUUUCCAACUACCAGACCUGGAUCAACAGCCAGGUGAGCGGCGAGCAGCCCGGAUUCAUCAGCUUCCAGGGCGCCGCCGCUCGCCCGCUGUCCGUGUCGCUGCUGGGCGUCUCCACGCUCAGCCUCGCUCUGCUCCUGUCCUGACCAACAAAACUGCUGUCAACAGAAGCAAUCCUUUAUUUAUGGAAAAUUCUUUACGUUGGGAGUCAUUAACGUUAUAAAAUCACAAAUAAUGUGUUUAAAAUGUACGGGACUUAUUUCGAUUUUCAUAAAAUAAAAUGAAUCCAAACUUUUCAUCAAACCUUUAAAACCCCAAUUUGAUUUUAAAUAAUUCAUUAAAAUAUUUUUUUUAUUUGAAAAGUUUAUGGUAACCUUCACCAUAGUGAUGAAAGUAUUCAUAAUAAAGUUUUAAAUAUAUUUAAAAACAAGAAACUCAUCAUCAGAACUGAGAUUAAAAUUAAAGACAGAAAAAUGUGAUUUUAUUAAAUCUUUACCGUUUGCAUGAUAAUAAAGUGCAAUAAAGUUCAAUUUAAAUGCUAUUUUCUGCUUCUUGGCUCCAAACUCAGCAGGAUUCAGUCAGAAAAACGUUUAAAGGUUUUGCUUCUGAAAUGUUUUGCACAAAUUUUACAUGAUGUAAGUGAUGACGUUUUUAGUUUCUGAUUUUGUUUGUUUUGCUGGAAUUGUUUUUGUUUUUAAACCUUUACUGUGAUCUAUUAUUAAAUGAGGGAGUUUUCGUGUUUGUGUCUUGAUAAAAAUACUCAAAAUCAGCUUUUCUCUGGUCCUAUAUGAAGUAAAUUAAUCGAAUAAAUCUAAAUAUUUUUCUGUUGGACUGUUCUUAAUAAAGGAAACAAACUGUC